AUGUGUUUCCAAUGGCUGACGGGGAUUUUUCACUGUCUCCGAGGGAGAUGCUCCCGCCGGAACAGGGGCUACAACAAUGACAUCCCCUCGCACUACGGAGGAUGCCAAGGGUGCUCCUCAAGCAUCGAGGGACGGGGCUCCUUCUUCUUUGGUGGGGAUGGCUCUGUCACCUGCAGCCGGGAAGCUUCGCCCUGCCCAAUCAUGCCAGCAUCCUCCACCUGCAGUGUUUCAGCGGGGUACAGCUGUGGCGGGGACGGGGCUGUUAUCAUAAGUAGUGGUGACAGUGGGGGGACGUCCGGCUGGAACACUGCAGGAGGCACAGUCCCAGCCUACAGCACCCGGCGGGGAGCAGGAUACGGCAUCGAGGACACGGGACGGAGAAUGGUUGGCAGCUCAGGGGGUGGUGGAGGAUCCAGCUGCUACUCUGGGAAUUUGGGCAUCGGUGCGGGAAGAGGCUCCAGCUAUGGAGGCUAUGCAUGCCACAGAGAAAAUGCUUUAACCGCAGGUGGGAGCAGCGGGGAAUUGGGGUUCUCUAGUGGAGCAUCGGGCUAUGGCAGUGGGGAGUUCUCCAGCCCAGAGCUGAGCUCUGGAGGUGCUGGAUCCUCCCAGGCCAUGCAGCAGAAGUGCCCCGUGGUCAUUCCCGACAUUGAGACCCAACAGAGCAAGAAGAGCUGCCACUGGCCCCCCAGCCAGAAGAAAUGAAGGACCCAGCAGCCGCCCCUGCCCAUGCAGACAUGCCCUGGAUGUGCCACGCUGAGGCUUUUCCCAUGGACCGGGAGCUUUGAAUUCCUUACAUCAGCCUGCACUU